AUGGACGAUAUGCUCACGGGAGCUGAUACGUACGAGGAUGCGCUGGCAAUACGCGAUCAAACUAUAGAAUUGUUAAAGGAAGGAUCGUUUGAAUUGAGUAAAUGGGGCUCGAAUUGUCCCGAGCUACUAAAGGGUAUGAGCGAGCAGGGCGACAGGCUUAUAUCCAUUAAUCGAGAUCUUAAUUUCCGCGUCUUAGGCAUUCUGUGGGAUCAGGUUAACGAUACGUUCCACUUUUCUUAUAAAGCCGUUGCUGUUUCAAAGCCUGUUACGAAAAGGUUGAUCUUAUCAGAGGUGUCACAAUUGUUUGACCCUUUAGGGCUGCUAGGGCCAGUCAUCGUAGUGGCAAAAAUUAUAUUACAAGAUCUUUGGCAAUCCGGUAUAGAAUGGGACGAAUCGGUGCCGCAGGAUACGCACACAAGGUGGCUGCAACUUAAGCUACAAUUAGCAAAUCUCGAGCGAUUACAAAUUCCGCGUUGGGUCAGAGCUCAUACAGACCGCCAACGAAUGGAAGUACACGGUUUCUGCGACGCCAGCCAGCGGGCUUAUGGCGCAUGCAUUUACAUUCGCACUAAAACCGGAAAAGAUAGCUACGAAUCCGUUUUACUUUGUACCAAAUCUCGAGUCGCGCCGCUCAAGGCCUUGUCGUUACCGCGUCUCGAAUUAUCAGCCGCAUUGCUUCUUGCUCAGUUAAUUCACAAAAUGAAGGCAUCAAUCGACUUGAGGGAAAUAAAAACAUGUCUGUGGUCGGACUCAACCAUAGCAUUAAGUUGGAUCGCGUCCCCAUCUCGCAAGUGGUUGCCAUUCGUCGCAAACCGCGUGGGGGAAAUACAAAGAUUAACGGAAAGGGAUCAUUGGCGUCACGUUCGAUCUUCCGAAAAUCCAGCGGAUAUCAUAUCCCGGGGUCUAUUGCCCGACGAGCUAAUAUGUUCAGAAAUUUGGUGGCAUGGUCCCGCCUUCUUACAAUUGCCUGAAGAACAGUGGCCUAGUGACGAGGUCGUGUCACUUCCCGACGAAAGUCCUGAGCAGAGGAAAAUAUGUGCCGUUGCUGUAUGUUCGGAUGACAGUAUAGUUAGCAAUCUACUUGACAGGUUUUCCAAUCUAAAUAAAAUAUGUCGCAUCCUUUCAUAUUGUCUCCGACUUUCUAAACGACAGAGAUUUCGACCGUCGACAGUCGCGGUGUCACCUAAGGAAAUGAUCCAUUCAUUGGAUGUAGCAUGCAAGGUCGUUCAAAGGCAGGCAUUCGCAAGCGAGUAUGAUUCGCUCA